AUGUCCACCUCGCCCGCCCCCGAAGGCGAGGACCCCGCGGAUCUCCUCGAUCGCACGAACCUGGCGGCUUACCUAUCCGCCCGCAAGCAGCUCGCCGCGGAGAACUCGCAGUUGGGCCUCCCGACACGCCCCGUGCUUCCCGGGGUCCUGCGCACCGACGAGACCGUCAGCGAGGCCAUGGAGCUGCUAAGCAGCCUGCGCGUCCAGGCUGCGCCUCUGGUCGCCAUGCAUGCCGACAACCAGCACUACGACGCGCAGGCGUUCAUCUCUUGCGGUGACCUCGUCCUCGGUUUUCUCGAGCGGGUCAACAGCUCGGGCUUGGGCACCGCGACGCGCGACGUCAACGUCCUCGAUCGCAUGGCCGCGCUGACGGCUGUCGGCCAGGCGUAUUCCAAGACGAAACUCGUGGAUAUUCGCUCGCGCUGGGACGGUACUGGCGUCUGGUCCACCGCCACCGAGGACAUGUCCUUGGCAGACGCGCUCCGUCGCUGUAUGCACAUAGGGGAGGAACACCGGAACGAACCCGGUUCGCCCAUGCUCAGGCAGUGCCCGCACAGGUUCGCGGUCAUCGACGCGUCCGGCAUGGUGGUCGACAUCGUCGCGCAGUCCGACCUCGCCAUGUACCUCCGUCGUAACGCGGACCUGCUGGACCAGACGGUCAUGAACGCCACGCUCCAGUCAAUGAACCUCGGGUCCCAAGGCAGUCGCCGCGUCGUAUCCGUAAACGCCUCGACGCCAACCGUCGACUGCUUCUACGAGAUGGAAAGGGCGAACGUCCAGGCCGUGGCGAUCAUCGAUGAGAACACCGACGCACUGAUCGGCAACCUAUCCGAGACGGAUAUCAUGACGCUGAAGAGCGACGCGUACGGAGCCCUCGCGUUGCCGGUGGGCGAGUACCUGCUCCACGCGCACGGCAUCACCAACCCCAAAAUUCCGGACAUUGUCAACAGAACCCUGUACAACCCCGACUCGACCGUGUUCAGCGCCGCUCUCGCGAACGAGGGCUCGAGGCUCGUGGUGACCUGUGAGCUGGGUGCCACGAUCGCCGAGGUCCUGGACGCCAUGCACGUCAAGGCAGUGCACCGUGUCUGGGUCGUUGACGACGCGGGGAGACCCGUCGGGGUUGUCGCGUUGUCGGACAUCCUCGCCGCCAUCGCCGUCAAGAAACCGGCUGGAGUGCGGGGUACGAGCGAGGGCACGAUGGGCAAGUCCACCAUGCACGCCGCGAUUCCAACACCCACGUCUCAGAGCAGCGCGUGA